AUGACCUCGGGGGUCCUGUCCCUGCCAACAGCCCUUUUACACAGUGGAUUACAGCAUCAGGAAUCACAGAUGGCUCUAGAACCCAGAAGUGACAUUGGGGACAUGCUUCAACUCCUCUCGAAUAAUGGGACUGAAUUACUAGCAGAAGAAUAUUAUACAUCACCGAAUGAAACACACAGAAUAUAUACUUUCUGGGAUUAUCACAUUGUGGAAACUGUGGUGAUUCAAAGUGUCAUUAUGUUCAUCUGCCUCUGUGGCAUGGUGGGGAAUGGGAUUGUCAUCUGGUUGCUCAGUUUUUGCAUAAAGAGAAACCACAACACUCUCUACAUCCUCAACUUGGCUGUUGCAGACUUUACCUAUCUCUUUGCUGAUAUUUUGGAGAUUAUAGAUAUGCUCACAUUAUCUAUCCCUACAUUAAUAGUGGUGUUUUCACACAUACUUGCAAUAUAUUCUUACUCAGUGGGACUGAGCCUGCUCAUGGCCAUCAGCAUUGAGCGCUGUGUCUCUGUGCUCUGGCCCAUCUGGUACAAAUGCCACCGCCCAACACAUUUGUCUACCAUUGUUUGUGCCAUCAUUUGGGUUUUGGCUUUUAGUUAUUGUUUAUUGGAUUUUAUGUGUGUUCAAUGCAUGUACAUGAUGGAAGUGUUGAACUCACUGUCCCUUCUUACUAUCCUGGUGCUUGUUAUAUCCAGCAUGAUUCUUCUAAUUCAAUCCCGGUCCUUCUUCAGGAAAAGACAGCCCAGCAAGCUCUACAUCACCAUCCUGCUCAAUGUCCUGGUCUUUCUGCUGCUCAAUGUGCCAAGAGGGAUCUAUAUGGUCUGCAUAUGGAUAAGCGACUGUACAUUUAGUGUAUGGGACUACUUUAUCCUCCUCAGUGCCAUGAAUAGCGCAGUCAACCCUAUCAUCUACUAUUUUGUUGGAAGACAUGGGCAGCAGAGGGGCAGGAAAACCCUCCGAGAAGUGCUCCAGAGUGCACUGAUGGAUGAGGACAAGGAAGCUGAGCAGAGAAGAGGAAGCACCAUCAAUGAACAGAGCUGA